AUGGCUGACGAUGUCGACCUGACCAUUCCAGCCACGUCAUUGGCUUUAUGGAUGGCCUCUUCCGAGGUAGACCAGAAGGCACUGGGCAAUUUCGCGGCCGUCAUGGCCCUCGAAAGCCCAUUUCUCUCGGCCAUGUUGUAUAAGGUGCUCGGCCUAUCGGUAAUGCUAUCCAAGAAGCUUCUCCGAGCUCGCCGAUUACGCCGACUAGACACCACCCGCGACACCAAGUCACUUCAGCAAUACCACCACAUCAUCUGGCUUUCCCGAGAAGGCUUAAUAAUAUUAGAAGGAUAUAUCUUACCCCUGGUAAACGCAUUCGUCGAAUUGAAGGUCCUAUCAUACAAACUUCGGGCCUCCUUCUACCACAUCUUCGUCCUAUUUCACAAUCGCCCCAUCAUCAACCCACCAUACCCCUCCCAAAUUUCAAAACACGACUCGAUCUACGGUCCAGAUUCCUUGACCGCCCUUGGUGCUCUCAAUUACCCCAAACCACCCACUUCUCUCCCCCCAGGCCUAGCACCAGUCCAACCAAUCCCACCAGCCUCCUCAUUUCUCCUCCCUCCCCUCGACUACACCGCAACAGCAACAGCCUGCUUUAACCACGCAGCCCUACUAGCCGACAAACUCCUCCCGGGCUCACACCCCCUGCGCCUCUCAGUCAAGCUCGAAUACGCAGCCUAUCUGUACGACUGUCUCCAGGACCCCCUCGCAAGCCGCCGUCUUGCCAAAUACGCCAUCGCGGACGUCUACAAUGCCCAAGAAGGAAUGGACGACGAGAGCUUCGAAGACGCAGCCGAGAUCGUCGGCGUGCUGGGCAAGAUGGUCAAGCGCGGCGGGAAGCCAGGGAGUAGCACGGCGGGGAGCAGUACUUCGCACAUUUCGCGGAGCAGGAGCUCGCGCAGUCCUUCGCAUCUGGAUACGAGUGUUCCGACAACAAUUUCCCCGGUUACAGUUACGAAACCGAGUCCCGUUUCCGCGAUUAGGGUUGCUGUUGAGCCUGCCUUUCCAAAUGUCACCAUGAUGAAUCCGAUUUGA